AUGAUUACAAUUAACGAUCUAUCAUUUAAUCCAGAUUAUUCAUCAAUUUCAGUAUCUACCUCUGAAGGAUUCAAGAUUUUCAAUUGUGAACCAUUUGGAGAAUUCUACUCGUCACAAGAAAGUCCGCUACGCAGAUCUAUAUCAAACUCAUUAGAUGAAACCACCACAACUCCUAAAGGUACAAUUAGGAAUGAUGAUGUUUCCGACAAUAACGCAACUGCGUUUUUGAAGAUGUUAUUCUCUACAUCAUUAACUAUUGUUGUCCCACAGUCUCAAGAUAAUCUUGGAAAUCGAUCACUCAAGAUUUAUAAUUUAAAGCAACAUCUCAAAAUAUGUGACCUUGACUUCCCUUCUAAUAUAAUUGACAUUAAAUUGAAUAGAAAGAGACUAUUGGUGAUAUUGGAUAAUGGACAGUUGUAUAUCUAUGAUUUGAGUUGUGUUCGAUUAUUAAAGAUAUUACAAUUGCAAUUAAAUGAUGAUGAAACAGACUGUAAAGAAUUUAUUGGAGAUCUUAGUAACGAUGAUAAGAGUUGGUUGAUUCUUCCUAUUUCAUACACCACCAAUCAAACGGACUUGCUUAAUAAUGAAAACAAUAAUCCAAGCCAACCAUCAACUCCGAGAUUGAAGCCAAGUGAUUCAGUCGUGAACACGGAGUCAUAUGACAAGUAUAUUGAAUUGACAAGAAAAAGUUCAUCGUCAACUUUACAUAAAAGCAGUACAAAUAUAGGGUUAGAGGACAUUAAAAAGGAUAGUGAAGGAUGGGUUGUAAUAUAUGAUACGAUUAAUUUGCUUCCGGUGCUCAUUUUCCAGGCGCACAAUUCAGCAAUUGGGAGAAUAUGUGUAUCCCCAAAGGAUAACAAAAUUGCCACUGCAUCAGUUAAAGGGACAAUAAUACGAGUUUUCCAUUUAAAAGAUGAAACUGAUGGUAAUCCGAAGAUUUCAAUGGUUACAAAUUUAAGAAGAGGUCAUAAUCCAGCAAGAAUCAAUGCAUUGAAUUUCCAUAACGAUAACCAUAUCUUGGGCUGCGGGUCAGAAUCUAACACUAUACAUUUAUUCAAGUUAUCGGGAGAUGGAUUAGAUCAGCAUGAAAAUGAUGAAAACGACGAUGGCGUCGGCGGAGCAAAUCAAACAAGUGAUUAUGAUGACAGUGAUGGCGAAACGAGUAGAUCGUCCGAAGAUCUUAAUGAAAACCUAGCAAAUUUAUUAAUCUCAAAGCCACCAGAACCAGCUGCCGUCGAAGUAGAGAAGAAGCAAUCUAAUUCAUGGUUUAACAAAACUAAGAAACUUAUCAAUAAUCAAUACACCAAUUCGAUUAUUAAGAAGUUGCCAUAUAAAGAUUAUUUCGAGAACUUAAUCUGGGAACCACCGAGAAGGUCAUUUGCUUAUAUAAAAUUACCAGAAUACAUCCCUCAUAUUGACAAAGAAUUAAGAUCCAAUAAAGUUGAGAUUGGGUUUAAUAAUGACUUAGUAUUUAUUGCUUCUUAUCAUUCAGGUAAUUUCUAUCAGUACCAAAUCCCGAAACAUAGAGGGUCAAUUCCUUCUAUAUCCGAAGAUGAAAAAAGAGAAGAAUGCUUAUUAGUGAGUCAAUUUAAUCUUCUUUAG